AAUUUUUAUUUUUUUUAACUACAAUAUAAAUAAUAUAAUAUAAUAUAAAAAUAUAAAAUACUUAAUAGUGAUGUGCCCGGAACUUAAUGACUGGAGUCUCCCGCAUCGAAUGAAACAAUACGAUGGACCAAAAUCAAGAUGACAUUAGAGCUACAAAACAUCUGGUUUACAAAGCUGAUAGUAAUAGAUCUAAAUCUGGUUUGGAUGAGCUGGAUGAGCUUCCCCGAGAUCUGAGUAUUUCCUACUGGGAUUUAAUUACGUUGAUCUUAGCUAUUGUUAGCCAUGUCAUUGACGUUUGCAUUGAUUACAAUGUUGCCUAUCAGUAUUACAGAUAUGAAAAACUACAUUAUUUUGUGUUGACAAUUACUUUUAUACUAGUUCCUUCCAUAAUAAACACUUAUAUGAGUUUAAAAAUUUAUUCUAUUCAAGAAGAUGUCCAAAGAACUACCCAAAAAUUACUUACAAAUCGACUAUUAUUGCCAUUCCUAUUGCUACUUCAAAUGGCUCCUGUAUUUAGGUAUUAUGAUGUAUUGAAAUAUGCGUUAAAGUCUCGUAGUGCUGCUCGUAAAGGAAAUUAUGAUGAUCAGAAGAGCUAUUAUGCUUUAAUGGCUAAAGAAGACUCCUACGUGUCAUUGUUGCGAAUCUUUGAAUGUUUUUUAGAAGCUGUCCCUCAGCAAAUAUUACAAAUAUUUAUAGUUUUGGCUGAGAAAAAACAGGGUUCUACUUUUCAAAUUAUUCAUCAAUCUGCAUCUAUUGCAAGUUCAACCAUAGGUAUUGCUUGGGCUAUGGCUUCAUAUCAUAAAAAUGUAAGAAUUGCUUAUGAAAAUCGAAAAAAUAUCGGCAAUACAGGAACAGUGUUACAGUUUUUAUGGCACAUAAUGAUUACAGUCUCCCGAAUUUUGUCUAUUAGUUUAGCUGCUAUAGUGUGGCCACAGUCAACUAGUAUUUUUUGUAUGGUUCAUUGGCUCUUUAUGACAUUGUGGAUUUUCAAAUAUCAGAACGUAACAUUUUGUAUGCCAUCCAACCAAUCUGAAAAAAGUAGAAUCAUGAGAUUUUUUUUUUCAACAAUACUCGGUCUCGUCUACAUUUUUACUUAUUUAUCACCCAGUGAAGGCCAAGGGAAUUCAAGAAAUCGUUACUUAGGGUAUUAUGGAGUAUUCCUAGUAGAAAAUGUAGCUGCAGUAACUAUUUGGGCUAUCACUGGUACGGAUCAAAACUAUUGGUACUACUAUCCACUGAUGAUAGGUUCGACAGCACCAUUUUUUGUUGGAAUUUUGUUUAUGACAAUAUAUUACAAAUUUUUCCAUCCUCAUACAAUCAUAUCUCUUACAUAAAUAAUAUUGUUGAACCAAUAACUCUAAUAAUAUGACCACGUUUAUUGCAGACAUUCUUAGGUAAAAUUAUCAUUGGAAUCAAAUGAUCUGUUAAUUUAUAUAUAUUUUUAUACAUUAAAUUAAUGAAAACUAUUUUAUUAUAUUAUUAAAUUGUUUAAUUAUAUACAUAUUAUAAACAUUAAUAUAGAAAAUUUUUGUAGCAAAUUUUACAUUGGUGAUCUAGAGCCAGUCGGUUUUUGAAUUACCACCAUGGUAUAAUGUUUAUCUGUAACAAAAAAAAAUGGUUAUGUACAUAAUUAUAUUAUAUUAUUUAUAAUCUCAUACUCAUGUAAUAUCUAAGAUGAAUAUGAUAUAUUAUAUACUUAAACUAAAUUGACAUAAAGACUAAAAAUAUUUUUAUAUACA